UAGCAGCAAACAACCUCAAUGUAAACCAGCUCGGUCAGUGCAAAAAAAGAAAACAAAAAAUGAAAGCCCUCUUCCUCAUCUCCCUCACUUUAGCUUCCACAUUGUUCUUCCCCACCUUCUCCUUUUCCCAUGAAGCAUCAGAAGCUUCCCUGAAAACCGACUUGGAAACCUACAUUGUGUUUUUAGAGAAACCAGAAGGCCUACUAGAAUCCAAUCUACAUGAGUGGUACACCACAUUCCUCUCAGAAACUACUUCAAACAUAGUUCCAAGCAAACAACGGAUCGUCCAUUCCUACCGCAAUGUGAUCACAGGCUUUGCUGCUAAACUCACCCCGCAAGAGGCCAAAGCAAUGGAACAGAAGGAAGGCUUUAUUUCGGCUAGAGUCGAGCGACCUGUAUCCUUUCACACAACCUUUACUCCCAAGUUCCUUGGCCUGCAACAGAUUGGAGGGCCUUGGAAGUCCUCGCAUUACGGCAAGGGAGUGAUCAUUGGCCUGAUUGACUCGGGGAUAAAGCACGAUCACCCUUCUUUCUACGACAAAGGCAUGCCUCCCCCGCCAGCCAGGUGGAGAGGCAGGUGUGCCUUCAACGGCAAGAAAACAUGUAAUAACAAGCUCCUCGGUGCUAGAAGCUUCUUAGGGGAAGGGGAUACCCCAGUGGAGAAGGCAGUACUCCAUGGGAGUCAUACUGCAGCAGAAGCUGCAGGGAGCCCUGUAGAAGCUGCCAAUGUGUUUGGACAAGCGAACGGAACAGCCAUGGGGAUCGCGCCAAAAGCCCACUUGGCAAUGUACAAGGUCCGUGGGGUUGAUAGUAGCGUAUUGGCAGCAAUUGAUGCAGCUAUUGAGGAUGGCGUUGAUGUGCUUUCAAUCUCAAUGGGUUACUUCAAUGUCAGGUUUCCUUUCUUUGACGAUCUGUUUGUAUUGGGAGCAUUUAGAGCCAUCCAGAAGGGUAUCUUUGUGAGCUGCUCUGCUGGAAAUGGUGGACCUUUCCCGAAUACAGUAACCAACGCCGCACCUUGGAUUCUAACCGUCGGAGCAAGUACAAUCGAUAGGGAGAUCAGGGCGACGGUGACGUUGGGGAACAAUGUGGAGCUCCAUGGCCAGUCCCUCUUCCAGCCUACUGACUUCCACUCAAAGCAGCUGCCACUUGUGGACCUUUCUACCUAUACUGCAUCAGCAGCAUAUUGUGGUAAAGGGUCACUGAAGAAUAUUGAUAUUAAGGGCAAGAUAGUCAUGUGCCAGACCGAAUUGAGAGCUCCGAGAACCGAUCAGGGGAAAGAAGUGAAGGACAAUGGAGGAGCAGGCGUGAUCUUUAUCAAUGGUGUGAAAGAUGGAGACACUACUAUUCCUGAUGCUCAUGUCCUCCCUGCAUCAUACCUCGGUUACAAUGAUGGAUUGGUAGUCAAAGGUUACUUGAACUCCACGCAGUCCCCAACUGCAGCAAUCUCAUUCCAAGGUACCUUGAUUGGCAAGUCGAAAAUAGCUCCACAAGUCGCCUCGUUCUCCUCUAGAGGUCCUAGCCUGCAAUCUCCGGGGAUCCUGAAGCCCGACAUCAUUGGCCCCGGGGUCAACAUUUUGGCUGCUUGGGGAGUCUCAAUCGACAAUGCUACAACCCCAUUCAGCGUGGAAUCAGGAACUUCAAUGUCUUGCCCACAUCUCAGUGGAGUUGCAGCUCUGAUCAAGAGUGUUCAUCCCCAUUGGUCCCCUGCUGCCAUAAGGUCGGCCAUUUUGACCACUGCCUACACAUUCGAUCUCAGUGGCAACCCGAUCUCGAACGAGCAUAAUGUUUCUGCUACAGUUUUCGACAUGGGUUCAGGCCACGUGAACCCAUCAAAGGCAUUGAACCCGGGUCUGGUCUAUGAUAUCGAGCCGGAUGACUACAUCCCUUACCUCUGUGGGUUGGGUUAUAGCGACAACCAAGUGAGAAUGAUCGUGCAGCGAAAGGUGAACUGCUCGAGUCCUGGAUCUUCGAUACCGGAGGCUCAGCUGAACUACCCGACAUUCUCCAUCUCGCUGGCUCUGGGUGAAAAGCAGACAUACACUAGAACGGUGACUAACGUUGGCCAGCCUAACUCGACGUACUACGGCAAGGUUCGGUCACUGGAAGGGGUUGGUGUUGCAGUCACAAUUGUGCCUAGUGAGAUCAAGUUCAAGGAGGUGAACGAGAAAGCCAGCUACUCUGUAACGUUUACCAGGUUGGAUAAUGUGGCUAGAAGCAGUGAUGUUGGUCAAGGUUCCUUGGUCUGGUCAUCUCUUGCUGCUGUUGCUGAUGGUGAUGAUCGGUAUGAGGUUGUGAGUACUAUUGCCGUUAACUUUGUUUGAAAAUGAGUUUAUGGGAACCGCUUAAAAUACAGAAUGCUAAUAAGGGAGCAAAAAUUUCGUCUUACCUACUGUUGUUGUUGUGGUGGUCGGUUCAAUGUAGCAGCUUGUUUGAUGUCUACUCCUUAAUAUUAAAUGAAUCGAUCAUUAGCAGUCGGUUCCAUCUUGCGAAGAUCUUUGGUGAUGAUUGUAGAAAGGGAUCGCCUGUGACCUUAGGAAUAAAUCGAUCUGGAGAUGGGUUAGCAGCACUUAGGUGAAUCAAUAUGAAACCGCGCACCAUGGAAGAAGGGAAAAGGUUGGGAUAGCUAAUGGGUUUGAGGGUUUUGAUUGAAACGUAAUACAAAACUUAUGGGCUUUUCAAUUUAGUUAAAAGGAACAAGAAGUUCCCAGAAAAUUGAUGUGUUUGGAAGAACAGAAACGAACAGAGGAGCCAAACUCAUUUCUCCUCUGUUUGAUCGACCAAGAGCCAAGGUUUCUUCAUUGGGCCUGUUAGUACUUUACGCCCAUGCUGUAUUAGUGUAUUGUUUUCUGCUGGGCUUAACUUAAUUGCCUGGUCCAUUUUUAUACAGGCCCGUUCGCUGUUUUUUUUAAUACCAUUUUUAGGGUGUUGUUUAGUCCGGUUGGAUGAGUACCAAAAGUCCAAAAUCAAACAAAGUGCGGUCCAAUAGUAAAAAUAUUUUAGUAUU